GGGUGUUCUGCAGCGGUUGUGGCUGGAGAGCUGUGGCGGAUUUGAGUGGUGCUUCCAGAAGGUGGGAGUCUUCCCUACAAUCCGCCGGCUCCGCUGACGCCCAGGAGGUGCCCGAGCUGCAGGGUGAGGGGCGACCGGCCGGCGGCCAAGAUGUCUUCAGUGGGGCGGGUGACCCAGGUUCCGAGCGGGAAAGUCUACCAGCAGAUCUUCGAGGCUGAGGUGCAGCUGGUUCGCUCCCUGGCAGUCAGCAGGAAGCGGGUGGUGGAGCAUUCUCUGACCCCAAAGAAUGGCAGGACACCUUUGAUGAAGAAGGUGGAAAUUCCUGAAGGGGAGAUGCUGUCUGCUCGGCAGCAGAACUGGGUGCACAGCCUGCCCAACGACUGGGCCACCGAAAACCCUGUGCUCUACAGGGAAAAGAAAGCAGCCAAGAGGCAAAAAGCCCAAGAGAGUGAGAACACCAUUGCUGCCCGAGAAGUCCGGGGCCUGCGGGACACCAUCGUUCCUGAGAAGAUAAGCACUGUCACCUUUGAAGGGCAAAAAGACUACAAGAAGGAGAACUAUGAGAAAGCUCUGGUGAACUUUCAGGAGGAGAUCAUGCAAAUUGGGAUGGAAAUGGAGCCUUGCAUUGUGGAACCGGGAGUGCUUCUUUUGAAAAAGCUGGCUGAGUCUGAGGAAGACAUCAGCCGUCUAUUCACAGAGGUAGAAAAUGACUGCAACCUCAAGGACUACACCUUCCAAACUGUGUCAGAGCUGUGGGAUAAGGUGGCCGAGAAGUUCUUGCUCUGGAAGCAGUGGAUUAAGGAACUGGAUGAAGCACUGCACUCGCUUGAGUUCCUGCGAGCUGAUAAACUAAAGAACGUGUUGAUGAAAUAUGUGGAAAUCAUAGAAAAAACAUCCUAUCUCAUGCAACCUGAUGUGUACAGGCUGAUACAUAAAGAAGCCAUGAUGAUAAACCAGGCCCUGCUGGGCAAUCGGAGGGCCCUUGCCCAGCUGUUUGUCAACCUGAUGGAGGCCACCCUGCAGCAGGAGCUCAGCAACCACCACCGCUGGCAGGCCCUGGUCAACGCCUGGAAGGUUCUCAAGAAGGAGGCCCUUGUGCAGAGUUUCAGUGAGUUCAUGGCUGGUGAAAGGAUCCAGACUCCUCCAGGUGUAAAAAAGGAGGUGGAUGCCAUGCUGAAAACCCAGAAAACCCUGCAGCAAGAGCGGCUGAAGCAUCUCUGUACCCUCUGCGACCUUCUGCCCCCUGUUUACAGCAAAGCUCAGCUGUCUGAGUGGUACUCUUCUCUUAUUGCCCUGAAUAAGCGGAUUGACACCUUCCACAUGGACAGCAUGAUGCAGAUCCGCUUGCAGUACGAGAAGACCUGGCAGGAGGGCCUGGCCCAGGUGCAGAAGUGCAAGAAGCAGCUGCUGGACUGGAAAGCCUUCACAGAGGAGGAGGCAGAGAACCUAGUGAACCCAUCCUUCUUCCAGAUGGUGGGAGUGCUCCAGAGCAAGGUGGAGGAGGAGCUGGAGUUUAUGGACAAAUCCUUUGAGGCCCUGGCCAAGCGAACAGACAGGCAGAGCUUGGAUCUCUUUGGCUACUUCCAAGAGGCUGUGCAGCUGUGGGAGGCACACCAGAGUGUAUUGUCAGUGCAGGAACUGGAGCUUGAGAAGAGGAUGGAGCAGCAGCGGCAGAAACACAGCCUGGAGAACCAGGUCCAGGAGGCCAACCUGGAUAUGCUUUUGGACCAACUGAGGCAGCAGAGCCAUGAGGAAACACUGAAGGUUCACCUGGGAAAAGCCAAAGAUUUUCUGAAGGGCAUGAAAUCCAGGUAUGAAUGUUUUCACUUCCUCCUGAAGAAGGAAGUGAUGGAGUACCCAGGAAUCAUACUGAAAGAACUCAACUCUUACAGCUCCACCCUCAGCCAACACUUUUUCGUCCGUGAAAUCUUUGAACAGAACUUGGAUGGGGAAGUCAUUUUCAAACUCAGGGAACCAGAAGUACAUGAAAAACACUUCCAAGAGAAAAUGAGACAUCUGAGGAGAAAACAAAAGGCUGAAAUGGAAAUGAACAAAAGUGAGGAAUGUAUAAGUAAAAGGGCAGGUUCCCCCAAGGCAGCAGAAGAGAUGGAAGAAGAAAAAGAUCAAGAUGUCCUGUCUUCUACAAAUGAAGAAGAGGUCCUGAGUCAGCCAGAAAAUUCUUUACCAAGUGAUGAGAUGGAUGAGUCCAGAGAGGGAUCUAGUCAGGAGUUAGAGGAAAUGCAGGUUCAAAGUAAAAGCUCCUUAAAAUCAUCCCUGACCCAGGAAAAUGUGACAGUUCAAGAAGAAAAGGAGGAGGAGGAAGAAGAGGAGGAGGAGCAAAAGGAAAAAGAUAAGAGUUUGACAGUGAAUGAGGCAGACCAGCAACAGAGUUACUCUUGGGCGGCAUCCAAGGAAGAGAGUCUGGAGAAAAUCGCUGACGAGGACAUGGAGUCCUUUACAACUUCCAGUGGGAACACAUACUUUGUCUUCCUACCCCUGGAAGUAAAAGAAGAGGGUUGCAAGAGGUCCCAUUCCAACCUAUCUGCCAUGCUCAUCGAUGACACUUCCGAUACCAAGUUCCUAGAACAAGUGAUCAUUCCAUCCAGUCUAGUUUUGGAAAUUAAGAAACAACUUCGCACUGGCUUUUUUGAGCACCUGGAGAAAUGGUUUGACCAGUGUGCUGUCAAUGCCCGGGUCAUCGUGGCCACCAAGGUCGAGGAGGUGGAUUCAGAACUGGAACUGCGUUUGUACCUGCACAAGCCGAGAGCCCAGCACAUUGAAAGAGAUGUCCACAACGUCAGGGCAGCUGAGCUCCUGCUUCAUCAAGAGCAGAUAGACAGCCACUGUGCUGGGGUGAUCGAGACGCUGAAGAAGGAGAGGAUGAUGUUCUGCCAGUUCCAAGAAGAGCAAAACAUGAGGAGCAAAAACUUCCGCCGCAAGAUUUAUGACAUGGAACACAUUUUCCUGAAUGCCACAAGGAGUCACAAAGAGGCCAGGCAUUGGUUCUGGUGGCCCUCAAGCAGCCUGGAAGGGCUGAUCAUUCUCAAUAGCACACUACAGCGGGAGCUGCUGAGCUACGUUGAUGUCAUCCAGGUGUCCUUGCGCAGUUUCCGGCAGUACUUGGAGGAGAGUCUGAGCAAGCUCCGCUACACCAACGUCGAAUUCGUCAAGAGCUGCAGAUUAUUUUCAGAGGGAGGCAACUUUUCUUCAGAAGAAAUUGACUCACUGUGUAAUCGAUUAGAGAAGGAAGCUGCCCGGAUAGAGUUUGUUGAAAGUUUAAUCAUGACCAACAUGGAGAAGAUGGAGAGCGAGUACCUGGAACAGGCCAAUGAUGUCAUAAAUAAGUUUGAAAGUAAAUUCCAUCACCUGUCUGUGGACCUCAUUUUUAUAGAGAAAACCCAGCGGUUGCUGACAAAUCUGCAAGUGAACAUUAAAUGUGAGGUGGCAAAAUCCAAUUUGCAAACAGAUGUAUUAAAUUCCUCUCUGGAGCAACUUCAAAGCAAGAUAGAAACCUGUUGUAACUCAAGUGAAGAUAAAAAUAUAGUGACCACAGAAGAUGUCCUUGGCUUUGUUCAAACUUGGAUUGAAAAACUGAAACAGAGGAUUCAGUACCUCAACUGCAGCCUGGACACGGUGUCAGUGACUCAAGUGGUCUUUACUGACAACACCAUGGCCACUCUAGAGGUGGAGAGUGACAUCCAGGUGUCCUCAGAAGUCCCUGAAGAAGAGGCCAAGGUGGAGCUGUUCGCCCCUGAGUCCUUCGCCCAGCCCAGCCGCAUGGGGAAGCCCAUGAUUGAAGACCCAGCUGUGGAGGUGGUCAAGAAGCUCCUGCAACUUCCUAACACAAAACACUCACCUCAGCAUGGUGACAAAGAUUGGUCCCAGACAGGCUUGAAGCGACCUAGGCGCCGGACAGAAAACUCAUUGAAGAUCUUGUCCAGUGCCAGUGCCACCUCAGCUGGGAGUCCCCAGGGAGCUGACCUGCCUUUGUUCCACAGCUUCACCCGGUACUCUAGGCAUAACCGAACAGACAGGAAGUACCAGGUGCUUGGGGAGAGGCCUCCUCCUCUAGCCAACCAUUUUAAAGGGAUCAUCCUGUCCCUCCUCUGGGAGAGCAACGAGCAGCUGCUGGCCAUCACUGAGGAGUUUUACCGCAAAGAGAAGCACCCAGUCACCAGGCCUGACUGCAUGUAUGAAACCUUCGACCAGUGCGCAGAGAGCAUCAACAAAAAGAUCCUAGAGUACCAAAGCCAGACAGACGAGUACCACAACUCCUGCCUCAUAGAAUUACGGGGCCAGCUGAGAAGAUUUGAGGAGCUGUUGCCCCAGGUGUGUUGGCUGGUGAUGGAGAAGUUCAAGGAUCACCACUGGAAGAAGUUUUGUGCCUCUGUUGAAGAGAUCCAGGGGCAGUUCCAGGAGCAGCAGAAGCAGCUGGAGAAAGCUAAGGAAGAAAAUGCCCAGAAGCUCCAUCCAAAUCUUGGACACCCCUCAAAUGCUCAAGAAAUGGAGUCUCUAUGCCAAGAGGAAGAGAAGAGGCAGCAAGAGCUAGAUAAUAUCAUUGGGGUGAACAGGGAGAAGCUGGAGGAAAUCACCAGGAAAAACAGCUGGCUUUUCAUAACCAGCUUGGCCACCUUCACAGAGAAAUUCCUGCUGCAGUUGGAUGAAGUGGUCACCAUUGAUGACAUCCAGACGGCAAAUAUGGAGCCCCCCAGGCAGAGAACAUCGGUCCUGAUCCGGAGGAAACUUGCUGGGCUGUCCCUGGAGGAGGAACGAGAGAAGCCCCUGAUUGAGCGGGGGAGCAGGAAGUGGCCAGGAAUCAGAGCCACUGAAGUCACCAUCGAGAACAAAAUUCUUCUCCAGAAAAUGCCUUCAAUAACCACCACCAAAACAACCCUGGGCCACCUGGCGGCCGUGGAAGCCCGAGAUGCUGUUUACCUGAAAUAUUUGGCAUCAUUCGAGGAGGAGUUGAAGAAGAUCCAGGAGGACAAUGCAUCCCAGGUGAAGGAGGCUCAGCGCUGGAGAGACAGCUGGAAGCGCUCCGUGCACACCAUCCAGGGCCUGUACUUGUGACACCCUCGACCCCAGAUGCUGGACUGGGUCCCAAUCCCAAAUAAAGGCUCAUUUUGUAGAUA